CUGGUGCAGGCCAGAUAUUUUUCUUUCGAUGAGAGUAUGCAUCUCGGCCUCCUCGUCUCUAUCUCUCCAGGAGGAGGACGACGGACGACCAAAUCCCACACAUCGCUUCCCCUCUUCUCCAUCGACUUGAGCUUUUAUCUGAGAAAAUCGACGGAAGAUAUCCUGAUUUCUACGUCCUUCCCCGGAUUUCUGGCGCCGUGCGACGAUAGUUCUUGCGGAGGAGAGAGCUCAAAUCUUGUCGAUCUCUUCGUCCAACCGCUCUUUCCGACCGCCGUCGAUUUCGGUCCGUUUUUCUCAUCAAGUGGGGAAAGGAGGUAGGAAGGAAAGGACUGAAUCUUUGCUUCCAUCCAUUUCAUCGGACACAUAAAUAUACCCUGCUUCUUCUUGAUCGGAUGGGGGACUUGUCCACGAUUCAACAGCCACCCGGCACUGUCGCCAAGCAGGGCGACCAAGUUGGAGAGUUGGUGUCGGCUGGAUGGACAAACGACAGCCACAGCAUGUACAUAAGCUCCAUGGAGGCCUCCUUUGUGCGGCAACUCCGUGGCCAACAGUUACAGCACCACCACGCUCACGCUCCUGCUAGGAACAUCACCCAUGUGGCCGGCCAUGGGCUCAAGGCACUCCAUGUCCAAGAUGGAGCUCCCAGUGAGCUCAUGUCCGAGAGGAACGUCCCUCGCUCGCGUCAUGUGGGCGUAAGAGGCCUGCCCGAGCAUCCGUGGGCAAGGCGUUUCAGGCCACCCAGAGAUUAUUCCGGUGUCAAUCGUCGUGGUGAUGUGGUGGGUGCUUCGGCCGAUGAUGGUGAAUCGGGUACCGAGACGGUUCCGAAGACGGCUCGGAUGCAUAGAAGAGAAGUGGACAUUUGCGCCGGAGAAAAUCUUGUUGGCAAAAGCUCAGAAGCCUCUGGUCAGAAUUUUUUUGAAGAUGAGGUUCAUUCCAUUGCUCAGCCAAUCAAAUCUUGCAAGAAAAGGAGGACUGCCCCUUCCACCGCUGCAGAUUCUUUCAUGUCGAUGCUUGAAUGCGGCGACGAGCGGUGAUGAAGGCCAAUAUAUGUUUACCGAAGCCCCGGGGAAGCGACGGAAGACUAGUUCUAGAAAUUCUUGCUGAAGUAGUUGUGAUAAGUAACUGGUGUGGCUGCUAAUAUUUUUAACUCGACGGAUAGCUCUUGGUCGGUCUGCUCUUUCGGCGUGAAGAGAAGGCAAUUCAUUGGUAGUUUGUAUCAUCUCUGCAGAGCAUCAGGCUCAAGUUUGCAGAUCUCCGAGAGUUGAGGUGGUGAUGUGAUGCCUUGUGAUGGUGUAUUUCUUCAGCAUCUACUGUCUGCAAGUGAAUCAAUAGAAUUUGGAUAGUUUAUACUACAUGACUGUUGAUGCCACUGUUGUUUGGU